AGCGCGGCAAGUGCGCAGAAACCGACAGCCGCUUCGGGGAUCUCCACACGCUUCCUCCUUUCUUUUCUUCUGCUUAGCUCAGGUUCCAGCGCUCCACUUUCAACAUGUCCGACACUGAAGACUACGAUCAGACGGAGGAGUACGAUGAAGAGAAGCCAAAGUUCAAGAUGAGCGCCCCCAAGAUCCCCGACGGCGACAAAGUCGACUUUGAUGACAUCCAGAAGAAGCGUCAGAACAAAGACCUGGUGGAGCUGCAGGGCCUGAUCGACGCCCACUUUGAGUGCCGCAAGAAGGAGGAGGAGGAGCUCAUCGCCCUCAAGGAUCGGAUUGAGAAGCGUCGCGCCGAGAGGGCUGAGCAGCAGCGGGUCCGUGCCGAAAAGGAAAAGGAACGCCAGGCCAGACGUGAGGAGGAGCGUCGGAUCAAAGAGGAGUCGGACGCCAAGAAGAAGGCAGAGGACGAAGCUAAGAAGAAGUCGGCCCUCUCCAACAUGGGAUCCAACUACAGCAGCCAUCUGCAGAGGGCGGACCAGAAGAGAGGAGGAAAGAAAGAGACGGAGCGAGAGAAGAAAAAGAAGAUUUUGGCCGCCAGGCGCAAGCAACUCAACAUCGACCAUCUCAACGAGGACAAGCUCAGGGACAAGAUCAACGAGUUGUACGAGUGGAUGUGUCAGCUGGAGUCGGAGAAGUUCGACCACACGGAGAGGCUGAAGAGGCAGAAGUACGAGGUCACCACCCUGCGCAAGAGAGUGGAGGAGCUGAGCAAGUUCAGCAAGAAGGGAGCCGCCACCCGCCGCAGGAAGUAGACGCCGCCGUCAAAAUUUGUCUCGCUGAGAAGGCGCAGCGCGUCCUUGCGCCGAGGGCGCAUUGUCAUCGCUCGCCACUAGCGGCUAGUUGCUAACGUUAGCAUCAAAAACAUGUUGGAGCUCCUCACUCUCUCGACUGUUUGGUUCGCAGUAUUUUUGUAAAUAAAGUUUGACUCAUCUCGCUGACA